CUUGUUGAUGGGUUGUUUUCAGGGAAGUUCAAGCACCAGUGACUGUGAACACAGAGGAUCCCAAGAAGAAACCUGAUUGCUAUGGAGUUUUCUGUCUUACUUAUGAUCUCAUGGCUGAAGAGGAGACGAAGUCUUGGAAGAAAAUGAUUAAUAUUGCUGUAUCCGGUGCAGCUGGAAUGAUUUCCAACCAUCUCCUUUUCAAGCUAGCUUCUGGUGAGGUGUUUGGGCCAGAACAACCCAUUGCGUUAAAACUAUUGGGAUCUGAGCGAUCAUUCCAAGCUCUUGAAGGUGUUGCAAUGGAACUUGAGGACUCUUUGUUUCCUUUGUUGAGGGAAGUGAGUAUCGGCAUCGAUGCUUAUGAAGUGUUCCAAGAUGCAGAUUGGGCACUUCUGAUUGGAGCAAAACCUCGUGGACCUGGCAUGGAACGGGCCGACUUACUAGACAUAAACGGACAAAUUUUUGCAGAGCAGGGAAAAGCUCUCAAUGCUGUUGCAUCCCGGAAUGUCAAAGUUAUGGUGGUGGGAAAUCCAUGCAAUACAAAUGCAUUGAUCUGUUUGAAAAAUGCUCCAGACAUUCCUGCAAAAAAUUUCCACGCUUUGACUAGAUUAGAUGAAAAUAGGGCAAAAUGUCAGCUGGCUCUAAAAGCAGGAGUUUUCUAUGAUCAAGUAUCCAAUGUGACAAUUUGGGGGAACCACUCGACCACUCAGGUUCCAGACUUUUUAAAUGCUAAAAUCAACGGCAUACCCGUCAAAGAGGUUAUCAAAGAUACUAAAUGGUUAGAAGAAGAGUUCACAGAAAAGGUUCAGAAGAGAGGCGGCGUUCUUAUUAAGAAAUGGGGACGAUCUUCUGCUGCAUCAACUGCUGUGUCAAUUGUGGAUGCAAUAAGGUCUCUUGUAACUCCUACUCCUCACGGAGAUUGGUUUUCUUCUGCAGUAUACACUGCCGGAAAUCCGUAUGGUAUAGCAGAGGAUAUUGUUUUUAGUAUGCCAUGCAGAUCAAAAGGAGAUGGCGACUAUGAACUUGUUAAGGACGUAAUUUUCGAUGAUUACCUCCGCAGCCGAAUAAAAAAGGUAUGCUUUUAUAUACCAGCUGUGUAAUCUUUAUUCCUGAUUA